AUGUCGCUGCUUGAAUGUUGCCCGCCCAAGGGGUUGCCCCUGCCCGGUGUGACAGACUGCACACAUGCUGCCACCUUUGGGAAGGACAAUACACCAGGCGAUUACUUACUGGACGAAAGAGUCUAUCCACGCUCCUGGACUCUCAAGGAAGCAGCUGCUAAAGGUUUGUUGAUUGAGGACAGCAAUUACGUCCCCAUGGGACCGCAGGGCGUCUUCGACGUGUUUGCCGCCAUUGCAAAAACUGUGCACGUGCUGCAUGAACGACACUGGUUGCUACGAGACCUCAGAGCAUCUUACAUCCUACUCACCAGAGACAAGUACAAGGUUAGCUUUUGCCGCAUUGGACGCAUGCUCCAUCUUCCAUCGUCAGAGAUGUCUUUUGUUCAAGAACCUUUUGAGGACAGCAAGCGAUGGCUAGCACCGGAAGUACUGACGUCAGGCAAGUACACGACUGCUAAUGACAUCUUCAUGCUGGGAACUGUCUUCUGGGAGACGUUCAGGGCAAGGGAGGUAGCUCGUAAACAUCCAUCAGCAUUCGAUCUGCAGACGUCCAGUCUGGUGAAGGCAGGUACCCCACUACCUCAGCCCACCCAUUGUCCUGACUGGCUGUACGAUGUCAUCCUGCAAUGUCGAAUUUGUGAACCCAGCGAGCGACCGUCUGCGUUGCAAGUUCUCCAAACUCUGGAAAAGUUUAUGAAGAAGGAAGACCUGGAGAGACGAUCCCUGUAUGGCAAUGAAUACUCACAAAAUAUCUCGUUUAUGUCUCAUCCCUUCAGCACGAAAGGUCCAGGAUACCGGGAAUGCACCAUCAGCAAACCAUCAUCUAUCUUUGCCUCUCCCGUUCCAUAG